CGGCUCCAUUCAGUGGCGGCUUCUGCGGUGGACGCAGCUCCGGCGGGCGGGCGCUGCUCUCGCUCCGUAGGAACAGGUCCUCGGCCGGCAUCGCUCGGCGGGCAGCAGCCGCAGGAGGAGGCAGACCCCGUUCUGGUGCGGCGCAGGAGGCAGGAUGCUGUCCCGAGUGCGCGCGGCCGCGGCGCCCUGCGCGCUGGCGCGGCGCGGCCUGCACACCAAGGAGAAGGGCAAGCCGCUGAUGCUCAACCCGCGCACCAACAAGGGCAUGGCCUUCACCCUGCACGAGCGACAGAUGCUGGGGCUUUUCAGGGGGUUAUUUAUUUCCAUCUCAGACAGAGGCCACAUCAGGUCAAUUGUGAACAACUGGCCAGAGAACGACGUUAAGGCUGUUGUUGUCACUGACGGAGAAAGAAUACUGGGUCUUGGAGACCUGGGGGUGUACGGGAUGGGAAUUCCGGUGGGAAAGCUGUGUUUGUACACAGCCUGCGCAGGGAUACACCCGGACAAAUGCCUGCCUGUGUGCAUCGACGUGGGGACCGAUAACACAACGCUCCUGAAGGAUCCCUUCUACAUGGGGCUGUACCAGAAGAGGGACCGCUCGCAGGUCUACGACGACCUGAUCGAUGAGUUCAUGGAGGCCAUCACGGACAGAAACCUAAAAUUUGACUUUUGCACCCGCGUGGCCGGCGCAGGCCGGCUGUUCUCGCAGGAGGUGCUGCGGGCCAUGGCCUCCAUCAACGAGCGCCCCAUCGUCUUUGCGCUCAGCAACCCCACGGCCAAGGCCGAGUGCACGGCCGAGGAGGCGUACACGCUGACCGAGGGCCGGUGCCUGUUUGCCAGCGGCAGCCCCUUCGAGCUGGUCACUCUGAAGGACGGCAGGACCUUCAAGCCGGGCCAAGGGAACAACGCUUACAUCUUCCCAGGCGUGGCGCUGGCUGUGAUCCUCAGCAGUGUGCGGCACAUCAGCGACAAGGUGUUCCUGGAGGCGGCCAAGGCUUUGGCAGAACAGUUGACAGACGAAGAGCUCGCCCAAGGAAGACUUUAUCCUCCGCUGUCCAAUAUCAGGGAAGUUUCUAUUUAUAUUGCUGUCAAGGUGAUGGAGUUCCUGUACGCCAACAACAUGGCCUUCCACUACCCCGAGCCGGCCGACAAGAGCCGCUACAUCCGCUCCAAGGUCUGGACCUACGAGUACGAGUCCUUCAUGCCGGACGUGUACGACUGGCCCGAGUCCAAGGUGCACUGACACGGCCCCACGCCACGGGCAGCACCUCCUACUCUGCAGGGAUCCCCUCCUCAGACCAACAUAAUCGCCGUCUCCGACUCCUCUAAUUUAUUUGUGCUCAUUUCCUUGCCUUUUUUUUAAAAUUUUUUACCCCCCCCUCUUUUUCACCUGAUUCCUCCCAAGUACCUGGCGUCUGCCGCAGGGAUGAGAGAGCUAAUCCCAGAAUUAAUUUAAGUUAUAACACCGCGUUUCUAGUUUAGAGCCAGCACCAGACGCAGGGAUUCCAUCGGUGGUAUUUUAGCUGCAUGCGUUUGAUGGUGAACUGUAGCUCUCUCAUCGCUGCUGACCUCCAAAAUUAUUUAUUUCUGCCUUUUAUAAUCAGUCUUCUGAUUGUCCCAGCGUUGUCACGCCGGAUUAGCUGUGACAUCAGGGGAGGCCACUUGUCGUAGAAAAAAAACCCAAAAGGGCAAAAAGACAACUUCAAGAGUCUGAUGGGUUUUGUGUAAUGUUUAAAGAUGCCCAGACAUCCUUGUGGCAUUGGCUGCUGUUUCCUGGAGGGGCAGCGAGAUGUGCACCUGUGGAGUCUGCAGCAAAGACUGCAGCUUUGUUUUCAUCACUCCAUGAAAUCUGUUCUCAGGAAAAAUGCGAGCUAGUUCAAAUUGUCCUUGGGAAGCCUGAAAAUAUACUAAUCGCUUAAUAGCUUUUAAAAACAAAGACUGUUUAAAAAAAACAGUUUAAAAACAUUUGUUCAAAAACAAAUCCUGUUGCGGAAUACAUUUUUUCAAGUAGAA